UGGCAUUUGGGAUAACCAAAUGUCAGUGCCUGGUUGGGUUCCAUCUGCCUGGAGACUUCAAGGAUAAAAAUAAUCUCCAUCAUAAACUGAAAAGGACUUAGAUAUGUGUGUUACUGGGAGGGCUCCGACCUCCUACGCACACCUAUUCCCCACACCCACCCCAGGCUUAGGGUCCUGGCCUGUGCCCUGGGGGAUCUUCCCCUUGCAAGGAGAGGCGUGUUAGGAGCUUCUAGCAAAGGAGAGCUAAGUGACCUUCCGGGGAGCCCUUGGGCCUGUUCUUGUCUCUGCAGCUCGGUACCUGGAGUGGGCUUCACUCUCCCCCACCUUCUUUGAGCAACUGAAACUGUCCUGCAGGCCAGCCCCCCUGUGGUGGCCUCACCUACUCGGAGGCCUGAGCCUGAGCCUGUUUCCCACCUCUGUCUCAUCAGUGCUGUCACCAUCGAGCAUGGUUUCCUCCCUGGUCCUUUCCAGACCCCUUACUCCCCCCUCGCUGAACUUGCAGUUGGAAUAGGACAGAGGACAAGGACAUCAGCAAAAACAUGAGCAACUCCCCAGGCUCCCUUUACCUCACUUUCUCCACCUGUGAACCUGUGGUAGCCCCUCUCCCUGAGUUUGCUGUGAGGGCCCAGUGAGCUUGCCGUGAGCAGAUGCAGCAGACAUGGGAAGCUCGUGCUCUGCCACCAUGCAGGGAUGGAAAAUCUCUCCACUGGAAUCCAGGGGAAGGGAUGGAAGAGGAAGAAAAACAAGCUUGGAGCAGUCCAACCCGGCUAGGGCCCUCCGUUCCCUCAGGGACACCCCACACCCACCCCAUACACUGGGAUGAACCCUUGCAGAGGAACAAUUCAGAUGGUCACGUUCCAGGACCCAAAUCCGUAAACACAAAGCAUGUCCGCCAGUGCCAGCACCUCCCCGCCCCCGGCGAAUCAAGCAGCUGUCCCAGAGGGCGCAGGGUCUCUGCAGCCAUCUGCUUUCAUCAGGGCUGCAGCUCCCAGGCAGCAGUACUCGGAGCCCCUCUCAUCUCCGAGAAUAAACUCUGAAGCCAGCGACCCUGCGGACCUGAAUCAUCAGGGAGCCUGUCAGAGGAGGGGCAGUGACUCUCUGGGACAAGCAAGCAGGCUAUAUAAGUUUCAGAAGGCUGGGCUCCACUCAGAUCUUUUCCAGCAGCUGCUGCCUGCCAGAGAGGCGCCUUCAGAGACCCAGCGCUUACACAAUACCCACCAUGUCCCAGGCUGGUGCCCAGGAAGCCCCUAUCAAGAAGAAGCGCCGCCCCCCUGUGAAGGAGGAGGACCUGAAGGGGGCCCGAGGAAACCUGACCAAGAACCAGGAAAUCAAGUCCAAGACCUACCAGGUCAUGCGAGAGUGUGAGCAAGCUGGCUCGGCCGCCCCGUCGGUUUUCAGCCGCACCCGCACAGGCACCGAGACUGUCUUUGAGAAGCCCAAAGCGGGACCCGCCAAGAGUGUCUUCGGCUGAGAAGUGCGCGCCACUCCCCUUGCUGCCCGAAUGCUCAGAAACAGAAGCCUUUCCCAGGAACUCUUUUUUAUGCUCUUCCUCUCCCCUGCUGACUCUGGGGCUGCCACCCUCCCCCACAGUCCAGGCCCUUCAGCCAAGGGCUCUGCACCAGCACCUUGGAAGCACCAAUAAAGAGGAUGCCCGCGUGGCCCCGGCAGUCA